AUGAGGAAGGGGAACCAGAGCAGCGUGUCUGAGUUCAUCCUCCUGGGCCUCCCCAUCCAGCCAGAGCAGCAGGGCAUCUUCUUCACCCUGUUCCUGGCCAUGUACCUGACCACGGUGCUGGGGAACCUGCUCAUCAUCCUGCUCAUCAGGCUGGACUCUCGCCUCCACACCCCCAUGUACUUCUUCCUGUGCCACCUGGCCUUCUCUGACAUCUCCUUAUCAUCUGUCACCAUCCCAAACAUGCUCAGCAACAUGCAGACUCAGCACCUGUCCAUCCCUUAUGAGGGGUGCAUCUCUCAAUUGUAUUUUUUCUUGUUUUUUGCAGCUGUUGACAAUUUCCUUCUUGUAGUGAUGGCAUAUGACAGGUAUGUGGCCAUCUGCCACCCACUGCACUACAUGGUCAUCAUGAGAGAGGAGAUGUGUGACUUAUUGGUGGCUGUAUCUUGGUUCCUCUCUUGUACACAUGCCCUUCUGCAUACCCUGCUCCUGUCCCACCUGUCCUUCUGUGCUGACAACACUAUUCCCAACUUCUUCUGUGAUCUCAAUGAACUCCUGAAGCUGACCUGCUCAGACACUGCCCUCAAUGAGCUGGUCAUCUUCACUGAGGGAGGUGUGUUGACUCUCCUGCCCCUGGGUACUAUUUUGGGCUCUUAUAUAUGUAUUGGUUUUACUGUCCUAAAAGUCCCCUCCACAAAGAAGAUCUGCAAAGUUCUGUCCACCUGUGGUUCCCAUCUCUCUGUGGUGUUUUUGUACUAUGGGACUCUUGCAAUCAUUUAUUUUUUUCCUUCCUCAAACAAUUCCAAAGUCAAGGAUGUAAUUGCUUCAGUGAUGUAUGCAGUAGUAACACCCAUGCUGAACCCCUUCAUCUAUAGCCUGAGGAACAGAGACUUGAAAUUGGCUCUGGGACUGCUAAUUAAAAGAGGGCUUGUUUUUGUCAAGUCAGUCUGGUGGAACUAA